GUCUGGCGGGAGGCGGCGCCCGCCAGCCUGUGCGCCGCGCGCCCGGGGUCGCGCCGCCGUCGCCCCCGCGCCUCGCGCCCGCGCGCGUUCUCCGCCGCUGCCCCCGGAGGGCUGCCUGGCGCGGGGCUCUCGCCGCGCCGGGGGUGGAGCGGGAGCGCGGCCGAGGGAGGGCCCGAGGGCGGGCGGUGGGAGCGCGCGCGGGCGGUGGCGACGGCGGCCCCUCCCCUCCCCCGCCCGCCGCCGCGGAGCGCGCAGGGAGCAGCCGGGGGCUCGGCGGCCGCGGCGUCUGCCCCAGCUCCUCCUCCGCCGGCUCCGUCUCCGCCUCGCUCCCUCCAUCUGCUGUGGUUAUGGCCCGUCGCUGGAGCACAAAAGAGUCCCCGCGGUGGAGGUCUGCGCUGGUCUUGCUGUUUUUCGCCGGAGUGUACGGAAAUGGUGCUCUUGCAGAACAUUCUGAAAAUGUGCAUAUUUCAGGAGUGUCAACGGCUUGUGGAGAGACUCCAGAACAAAUUCAAGCACCAAGUGGUAUAAUCACGAGCCCAGGCUGGCCUUCUGAAUAUCCUGCCAAAAUCAACUGUAGCUGGUUCAUAAGGGCAAAUCCAGGGGAAAUCAUUACUAUAAGUUUUCAGGAUUUUGAUAUUCAGGGGUCCAGAAGAUGCAGUUUAGACUGGUUGACAAUAGAAACAUACAAGAAUAUUGAAAGUUACAGAGCCUGUGGUUCCACAAUUCCACCGCCAUAUAUUUCUUCACAAGAUCACGUCUGGAUCAGAUUCCAUUCCGAUGAAAGUAUCUCUAGAAAGGGCUUCAGACUGGCAUAUUUUUCAGGGAAAUCUGAGGAACCAAACUGUGCUUGUGAUCAGUUCCGUUGUGGUAAUGGAAAGUGUAUACCAGAAGCCUGGAAAUGUAAUAACAUGGAUGAAUGUGGAGACAGUUCCGAUGAAGAGAUCUGUGUCAAAGAAGCUAAUCCUCCAACAUCUGCUUCUUUUCAACCUUGUGCUUACAACCAGUUCCAGUGUCUGUCGCGGUUUACCAAAGUCUACACUUGCCUGCCCGAAUCUUUAAAAUGUGAUGGGAACAUUGACUGCCUGGACCUAGGAGAUGAGAUAGACUGUGAUGUGCCAACUUGUGGCCAGUGGUUAAAAUAUUUUUAUGGUACUUUUAAUUCUCCCAACUAUCCAGACUUUUAUCCUCCUGGAAGCAAUUGCACCUGGUUAAUAGACACUGGUGACCAUCGUAAAGUCAUUUUACGCUUCACUGACUUUAAACUUGAUGGCACUGGUUACGGGGAUUAUGUCAAAAUAUAUGAUGGAUUAGAGGAGAAUCCACAUAAGCUUUUGCGUGUGUUAACUGCUUUUGAUUCUCAUGCACCUCUUACAGUUGUUUCUUCUUCUGGGCAGAUAAGGGUGCAUUUUUGUGCUGAUAAAGUGAAUGCUGCCAGAGGAUUUAAUGCUACUUACCAAGUAGAUGGCUUCUGUUUGCCAUGGGAAAUACCCUGUGGAGGUAACUGGGGGUGUUAUACUGAACAGCAGCGUUGUGAUGGCUAUUGGCACUGUCCGAAUGGAAGGGAUGAAAUCAAUUGUACCAUGUGCCAAAAGGAAGAAUUCCCAUGUUCCCGAAAUGGUGUCUGUUAUCCUCGUUCUGAUCGCUGCAACUACCAAAAUCAUUGCCCAAAUGGCUCAGAUGAAAAAAACUGCUUUUUUUGCCAGCCAGGAAAUUUUCAUUGUAAAAACAAUCGCUGUGUAUUUGAAAGCUGGGUGUGUGAUUCUCAAGAUGACUGCGGUGAUGGCAGCGAUGAGGAAAAUUGCCCAGUAAUUGUACCUACCAGAGUCAUUACUGCAGCUGUCAUAGGGAGCCUUAUCUGUGGCCUGUUACUAGUCAUUGCAUUGGGAUGUACCUGUAAGCUUUAUUCUCUAAGGAUGUUUGAACGAAGAUCAUUUGAAACACAAUUGUCAAGAGUAGAAGCAGAAUUGUUAAGAAGAGAAGCUCCUCCUUCUUAUGGACAGUUGAUUGCUCAGGGUCUGAUUCCACCAGUUGAAGAUUUUCCUGUUUGUUCACCUAAUCAGGCUUCUGUUUUGGAAAACUUGAGACUAGCUGUGCGAUCCCAGCUUGGAUUUACUUCAAUCAGACUACCUAUGGCAGGCAGAUCCAGCAACAUUUGGAAUCGUAUUUUUAAUUUUGCAAGAUCACGUCAUUCGGGGUCAUUGGCUUUGGUCUCAGCAGAUGGAGAUGAGGUUGUCCCUAGUCAGAGUGCCAGCAGAGAACCUGAAAGAAAUCAUACUCACAGAAGUUUGUUUUCCGUGGAGUCUGAUGACACAGACACAGAAAAUGAGAGAAGAGAUACAGCAGGAGCAUCUGGUGGGGUUGCAGCUCCUUUGCCCCAAAAAGUUCCUCCCACAACAGCAGUAGAAGCAACAGUGGGAGCAAGUGGAAGUUCCUCAACUCAGAGUAACCGAGGUGGUCACAGAGAUCAUGGAAGGGAUGUGACAAGUGUGGAACCCCCAAGUGUGAGUCCAGCACGUCACCAGCUCUCAAGUGCACUAAGUCGUAUGACUCAGGGGCUCCGUUGGGUACGUUUUACUUUAGGACGAUCAAGCUCCGUAAGCCAGAACCAGAGCCCUUUGAGACAACUUGAUAACGGAGUAAGUGGAAGAGAAGAAGACGAUGAUGUUGAAAUGCUAAUUCCAAUUUCUGAUGUAGCUUCAGACUUUGAUGUGAAUGACUGCUCUAGACCUCUUCUUGAUCUUGCCUCAGAUCAAGGACAAGGGUUUAGACAACCAUAUAGUACAACAAACCCUGGAGGAAGGCCAGGUAAUCGUGAUGGCCCCUGUGAGCGCUGUGGUAUUGUCCACACUGCCCAGAUACCAGACACUUGCUUAGAAGCAACACUGAAAAAUGAAACUAGUGAUGAUGAGGCUUUAUUACUUUGUUAGGUACAGAUCACUAAAGAGAGAUGGUAAACAAGUUGGAGCAAUAUCCAUUCAUUGUUUUGUAACUUUACAAUUAAACUAGUUUUAAUUUAAAAAGAAAAAAGAUGCAGGGUGAUUUCUUAUUAUUCUACAUUAGCCUGCAUGGUUAUAUUAAACAAUUUGUUAACUCUAUGAACUUUAGAGUUUACUAUUUUGGCAGUUAAAAAUGCAUUGUGUAUUCAUAUUGUUUAAUAGUGUUCUUCCAUUUGUUUCUCUUUUUUUUUAUUCUGGUACUGUCAUUCACAGUAGAAAUAUGGCUGCUGAAACUCAUUUGACUGUCGUAUGACUCAGUUUACCUAUCUUAGUUAAAAAGUUUGUACGAAAUACUAUUUUCAUUGAACCCUUUAUGCUUUUGCCAAUACAUCUUGUAACUGAAUAUAUUAGAUGUUAAGGUGGUUAAUGUACAAAAAAAACCCCUUAUACUCAUCUUUGUUUUUAUUUGCAUAACAUUUGUCUGAAUUCUAUUGGAUUUCACCAUAAUACAAGCUCGUCAAAGGGGAAAAAAUUUUUCUCUUAUGUUUAACAAGCAGUGAUAAGAAAUUUAGAGUUAGGUAAAUUAAUGGCAAAAACAAAACUUUUAUAGAUUUUCUAAUGUUGACUUUAUUACUCUAAUAUGGUACAAACCAAAUGGUAAAAUCCCAAGUCAUUUCUUUUUUCAUCUCUAUUUAAGGACAGAAUUAAAUGGAUGACGAUAUUCUACUAUGCAUUAAAUCUUGAACUUUAUAAAAUAUGUACAAAAAUUGUACAAGAUAAGUUCCAACUGGUAAUGUCUUUCCCUGAUAAAGGGUUAUGCUUGUAUUGGACCCUAGGGAUUUGCACUAAAAUCAUUUCAAGGUCUCAGAUGAGUUUAGUGCGCAAGCACUAUCACUUUAAAUACUAUUAUUUGCUAUCACGAUGACUAUAUUUCCAUAGCUUUUGGGGGGGGCGGUGAGGAGGACAUUUUUAUUACAACUUGAAAUUGCUUUGCUGGUUUCAUAUUUAUUUGUUGUAUUUAAAGACUGCAUUAUUGUAAGGAAGUGAUUUUUUUUCAAUAUGUUUUAUUCAUGGGGGGGCGGUCAUGCUAUCUGUUGAAAAAAAACAAACUAAGAAAUUAUUCAGAUCCACCCCCUCCUUUUAAGUAGAGUGAAUUGCAAAACUGCAUAUUUUUUUAUUGUCAAUUCCUGUUUAUUUAUUCCUUAGCUGUCUGUUUUAGUAGCUUAAUGAUUGAGUAUGAAAAAUGUAUUUGUGAUUAUUGCUAUUUAUUAAAUUUUAAAUACUUUGCUGAAUGUCAUUUUAAAGCAUGUUUGAGGUCUUGUGUAUUUGUCCUGUUAUGCUGUCAGAAAGAACUGACUGAAAUGUUUUAAUAUGUAUCAAAAAUUAAAAUGACUUUUUUUUUAUUGCCUUGAGGUAAUUUUUAAA